CCACGAUGGCCUCACUACCGGCGUCCGCUCGCCAGGCGCCAUUUAUGUAGCCGGGAACGGCGGUGCGGCCUGCGACCAUGGCGCUGUUCCCGGCCUUUGCGGGCGUUAGUGAGGCUCCCGAUAGCGGGAGCGCCAGGAAAGAAUUAGAUUGGCUGAGCAACCCAAGCUUUUGUGUUGAAACCGUCACAACUCUGAGCCAACAAACUGAAGAGGCCGCAGCCCUUGUUUCUGAAGGAUCACCACUGACGAGGAGUCCUCUGAAAUCAGAGCUAUCAGAUGAAAGUGACUCGAACAGAAACCUCAGACAAGUAAGCAGGAAAAAGAAGAAGGAGAAAAAGAAGAAGAGGAAGCAUCAGCACCACAAGAAAACCAAGAGAAAACGCGGGCAGUCCAGUAGCAGUGGGUCCGAACCAGACACUGACUCCGAAAAGGACAAAUCCCCCAGAGGCCUCAGAGGCGGCAGCAGAGGACUGGAGACACUGAGCCAAGAAAAGAACGCUGCUGCUGCUGCUGCUGGGCCCCGCUGUGUUUGGCUUGAGGACAUCCAGGCUCUGACAGGAGAAACCUUCAGAACAGAUAAGAAACCAGACCCUGCAAACUGGGAGUAUAAGUCUCUCUACCGAGGAGAUAUUGCCAGAUACAAGAGGAAAGGAGACUCCUGCCUUGGCAUUAACCCUAAGAAGCAGUGCAUAUCCUGGGAGGGGGCUCCCACGGGGAAGAAGCGUGUGCACAAGCACAUCGAGCGCUAUUUCACGAAGAAGAACGUGGGGCUGAUGAACGCUGACGGAGUCGCUGUGAGCAGUAAAACUGACCCUCCCUCGUCUGCGCCCCUCUCCUUCAUCCCAGUGAAGGACUCGGACGAUGUGGCUCCUCCUGUUACAACCUGGCUGAACCCUCUGGGGAUUUAUGAUCAAUCCACCACCCAGUGGUUACAGGGACAAGGUCCUUCGGAGCAGGAAUCCAAGCAGCCAGACUCCCAGCCGGACCGUGAGGACGCGCUUCUCAAGGCCAGGGUGGAGGAGUUCAACCGGAGGGUGCGGGAGAGCCCUCGGGAUACUCAGCUGUGGAUGGCGUUCGUCGCUUUUCAGGACGAGGUCAUGAGGAGCCCUGGCCUGUAUGCCAUCGAGGAAGGCGAGCAGGAGAAGCGGAAGCGGUCCCUGAAGCUCAUCCUGGAGAAGAAGCUGGCCAUUCUGGAGCGGGCCAUCGACAGCAACCCGGGCAGCGUGGACCUGAAGCUCGCCAAGCUGAAGCUCUGCACGGAGUUCUGGGAGCCCUCCACGCUGGUCAAAGAGUGGCAGAAGCUGAUAUUCCUACACCCCAACAAUACAGCCCUUUGGCAGAAAUACCUUCUGUUUUGCCAGAGCCAGUUCAGCACCUUUUCAAUAUCAAAAAUUCACAGCCUUUAUGGGAAGUGCUUGAGUACACUGUCUGCUGUGAAGGACGGCAGCAUCUUGUCUCACCCUGAGCUGCCUGGCACCGAGGAGGCCGUGUUUGCGCUCUUUCUUCAGCAGUGCCACUUCCUGCGCCAGGCCGGGCACGCGGAGAAGGCCGUCUCCUUGUUCCAGGCCAUGGUCGACUUCACCUUCUUCAAACCCGACAGCGUGAAAGACCUGCCCACCAGAGGGCAGGUGGAGUUCUUUGAGCCCUUUUGGGACAGCGGAGAGCCCCGGGCUGGGGAGAAGGGCGCCCGAGGCUGGAGAGCGUGGAUGCACCAGCAGGAGCGGGGCGGCUGGGUGGUCAUCAACCCAGAUGAUGAUGAUGAUGAACCAGAAGAGGAUGACCAGGACAUCAGAGAUAAGACCCUGCCCAGGUGGCAGAUCUGGCUUGCUGCUGAGCGGUCCCGAGACCAGAGGCACUGGCGGCCGUGGCGGCCUGAUAAGACCAAGAAGCAAACGGAGGAAGACUGUGAGGAUCCAGAGAGACAGGUGCUGUUUGAUGAUAUCGGACAAUCUCUAAUCCGACUUUCCAGCCAGGCUCUUCAGUUCCAGCUGAUUGUGGCCUUUCUGCAGUUCUUGGGUGUGCCUGCUGGCUUCAGCCCUCCAGCCUCCUGCCUCUACCUGGCCAUGGAUGAGAACAGCAUCUUCGAUAACGGACUUUAUGACGAACAGCCAUUGACUUUCCUCAACCUUUCCUUUUCUGGCGUCAGCUGUGUUGGUCGCAUGGACCAGUUGGGCUGCCGGCGCUGGACCCGGGGUCACGGCCGAGAGGGCGAGGAGUUCAUCCGCAACAUCUUCCACCUGGUGAUGCCUUUGUUUUCCGGCAGGGAGAGGUCCCAGCUCUGCUCCUCCUGGCUACGGUACGAGAUCGCAAAGGUCAUUUGGUGUCUGCACACUAAAAACAAGAAGAGGUUAAAAUCACGAGGAAAGAACUGCAAAAAACUAGCCAAGAAUCUCCUUAAGGAGCCAGAAAACUGCAACAAUUUUUGCCUCUGGAAGCAGUAUGCACAUCUGGAAUGGUUGCUUGGCAACACAGAGGACGCCAGAAAAGUUUUCGAUACAGCGCUCAGCACGGCAGGGAGCGGGGAGCUGAAGGACCCUGAGGUCUGUGAGCUCAGUCUGCUCUAUGCUGAGCUGGAGCUGGAGCUGGCGCCAGACACCAGAGUGGCCACGGCGGCCCGAGCUGUUCACAUAUUAACCAGGCUGGCUGAGAGCAGUCCCUAUGGGCCCUACACUGGGCAGGUCCUGGCCAUUCACAUUUUGAAAGCUCGGAAGGCUUACGAGCACGCACUGCAGGACUGUCUGUGUGAGGGCCGCGUCUCCGACCCAGCUGCCACCGCCUCCCUUGACCGCCUCGUUAGUGUGGUUAAAUGCUUUAUGCUCUUCCAGUAUUUGACCAUAGGGAUCGAUGCCGCUGUGCAGAUAUAUGAGCAGGUAUUUGCAAAACUGAAGGGCGCUCUUUCCCCAGAGGACCCAGGCCUGGAGGCCAGUGCCUGCCCCCCAAGUGUGAGCAGCGUCCUCGAGGCCGUCACACUGAUGCACACGAGCCUGCUCAGGUUCCACAUGAAAGUCAGCGUGUACCCUCUGGCUCCUCUGCGGCAGGCGCUCUCAGAGGCUUUGAGCUUGUAUCCGGGCAACCAGGUUCUUUGGAGGUCCUACGUUCAGCUUCAGAGCAAGUCCCACAGCGCCAGCAAGACCAGGAGGUUCUUCGGUGCCAUCACCAGGUCUGCGGCACCCUUGGAGCCUUGGCUGUUUGCCAUUGAAGCUGAGAAAAUGAGGAAACAACUGGUGGAGACCGUCCAGAGGGUAGAUGGCAGAGAGGUCUACGCCACAAUCCCUGAGACCGGCUUGACGCACCGGAUCAGAGCCCUGUUUGAAAAUGCGAUCCGGAGUGAGCACGGCAGCCAGUGCCCCUUACUGUGGAGGAUGUACUUGAGGUUUUUGGUUUCGUUAGGAAAUAAGGACAGAAGCAAGGGUGUGUUCUACAAAGCACUUCAGAGUUGUCCUUGGGCAAAGGCGCUGUACAUGGACGCCGUGGAGUACUUCCCCGAUGAGAUGCAGGAGAUCCUGGACCUGAUGACCGAGAAGGAGCUCCGAGUGCGCCUGCCCCUGGAGGAGCUGGAGCUGUUGCUGGAGGACUAGCGACCGGGGAUGGGCCACGCCUCAGGGCAUGUCCCUGCCCUGGGAGCUGGGGGAGCACGAGGUGGGAUCAGGUGUGCGAGCAUGCGUGCCAGCAGACCCGUUUUUAAAGUUUUCUAGAUAAUUUGUGUCUGGGUUGUCUCAUCUCUUGCACUUUUUUUGGAUGUGCCAGUGACACAAGCCCUCGUUUUACAUAUUAUAGAUGCGCAUCUUGUGUUUACAUGUACAUAGACAGGAACAGGGCAGUGGUAACCAAACCUACUGUGGUUGGCGUGUGUUUCCUCCUCUGCCUCGCCAGUGCAGGGGUGAGUGACCCGCUCAGUUGGCACCCGUGGUGGUCCUUGCCAAGUCUUGGUUUCGCAGUCGCGAUUAGAAAGGUCUGGUUACUCAACACCAGGACCUCCUCCCCCGGGACUGGUUAGUAGAGCAGAUUCUGCCCUAUCUUCAGAUCAACUUGGCCUGUAUCAGGUGUGUUUAGAAAAGUGUUAUUUCCUCAGCCUCCGCCGUGGACCAGCCUGUUAGAGAUGUAGGCCCAGGCCCGCACCAGCUCUGUGUUAGCAUCUGCUCAGACAGGACCCCCGGGGACUCGUGUGCAGUGGGGAAAGCACUGCCCGAGGAGACAAGGCGCCCUGCUGAGUGAGGGGGGCAGCACUGUCCCCAGCUCCUUCCACCAGACCCACCCCUGCCCGUGAGACGUGCGGAGGUCUGCGUCCUGAGCUGUGCACAGGGCUGCUGAGGUGGAGGGGUUUUGUGAGGGCUGUCCGGCUGCUCUGGCUUUUUAAAGUCAGUCUCUAGAAUCGAAGAAAAAUUUCUUUGGCAACUCAUCCAGGAAAGCCAGUGUGUGGACUAGAACUCUGGCUACAGACAUGGACAUUAGGUUGGGAAGAGGGGAGGGCAGUGUCUCAGCCCAUGAGGAUGUUGGCCAGCCAGAUACUUGCUGCCCCACUUCCUGGCUUUAAGACUAAACAGUUGUGAGGAAGAGAAGUGCCGGAUUUACAUGGAGAAAAGGGGAGAAGCUGACACUUUUAGAUGCUCUUGAGAAGGAUGGUUUCUGAACCCAGGGACAAGGCAGGCAGGGCUGGUAGGAGCUUCUUCACCCCUGACCUUUCCAGAUUUCUCUUAGCACCAACGCUGCCCAAGUGCCGGGAACCCACAGCCACAGGAAUGCAGCCUUUGUUGCUGGAGCGUCAGCGAUGGCUGGCACGUGGCUAUGGGGUCACGUCUUCCCCACUGGCUGCUUCCCCACUGGGUGCGCAGUCACCACCCGCUCUGGGGCACGAUGUGAGGGCAGCAGGUAUUGAAGGCUGCACUCUGAUCGCCCAGAACAGAAGCUUCCCUGACACCCAAUCCACCUGGUGAGCAGCGGGUGUGGAUGCUCCAGACACAGGAGGACCUGCUGGAGAAAGAACUCGCUUUAUUGGGAAUGGAGCGCUGCACGUCGGGCUCCUGCACGCGGUGCUCAGAGAGGUACACAGGGCACAUAAUGAAGAGCAACGGCAACUCCCCCUCCUCCUCCCUCCCCAGGGUCGGCCCUUUUGACCACUUCCUUGAAGGCAACUGAGGUUCCCUAAAGAUAAAGCCCCUCAGGGGUGCCUUCUUGUUUUUUAUACAGAACAUUUUCUUUCGAUUUUUUGAAGUCUUCAUUUGUGACUUUCAUUCUACGUUCUCUCAAGGCCAUGAGACCAGCUUCUGUACAGAUUGCCUGUAAGAAAGAACGGUAUGUUUAGAAAGUGAAAUACUUUUUAUUUUUAUUCCAACAAUUCAGAGAGCUAUUUGGAAAUAAGGUGGAAGACACUUGUUUUAAACACAAAUUACUCUAGAUUUAUUUGGGAAAAGAUUAGAUUUUUUAAAUGCAUUAAGCAUUGUAAUUGUUUUUCUCAAAGGACAUGAGGCGGCUUAGACUGGAGUAACUAAGGAAGAGGACUGGCCAGGAAGUAAGGCUCAGGUGCUAACCAGCUGUGUGGCCUGGCAGGUCAGUGAGUUCUCACAGCCCCACCUUAAAGGGAGAAAUAUUUCUAAGUAAUAGAUGAUUUAUACACGGAAAUUUAGAGGUAACAGUGUAUGACCGUUUCAUUUACCAAUAGGCAUAAGAGAACAUUUAGUAGAAUGAAUACAUAAUAUUCACUUUAAUAUAUUUACUUUUUAAAUAAUCACCUGUUACAAAACAAGAUAUAAACAAUGAAAUGAUAUAAACAAUCCUAGCAUUGAAGUUCCUAUUUGGUUAAGGUUCAGCAGAAAAAACGUGUGCAUAGAAAGAUAAAGCAAACGGUGAAAUGGCAACAUUUGGUAAAUCGAAGUAAUGGUGUAUAUGGGUGUUUACUAGUUGCAACUGUUAUGAAGGUUUAAAAUAUUUCAAAGUAAAAAAGUUGGUGCAAAAUCAAAUUUCUGUUUUAAGGACAGAGAUUUUACUUCCCAACCAAGACACUAAUGUAGUCCUACAGAUCCAGGGAUAUACAGCACAGGCAGCGGCAUGAAAGGCCACGUCUGCGUCCCACCCUACCUAAUCUAACAGAAACCGGAUCUUCCCAUAAAGAGCAGGAUGCAGCAUAUUCAGUGCUGCCAGGCCUUGUUCUAAAUCCUGGUCACCUGGGAAGAACCAUCCUAACUCAUAAAGGGAUGUGAUCAAACAAGAGUCCAGCCAGCGCAGUUCUCACCUUGAUGUCAGCACCAGAGAGGUCGUCCUUAGCCAUGAUCAAGUCGUCCAGUGUCACGUCAUCAGCCAGCGUCAUUCUGCUUGUGUGGAUCUGAAAGAUUCGCUUCUUGGUCUUUUCAUCGGGCAGGGGGAACUCGAUCUUCCUGUCGAUG